CAAAUCGCUGGCUCAGUCGGUCCUGAUCACCAUGCCGUUACGCACCCUCGUCCCUUCUUCUGUUUUCUAUCAAAAUUCGCUCACGGGUCACUGCAAAAAAUCAAAACACCGGCAAUUUACUACAAGCAUCCGAAUUGCACGACUACGUUUUUUUAAUCAAAACGCUUCCGGUCAACCGGCGUGAUGACGUCAUUACGCACUGGGCGUGGUUCAGCCAUGCAAACACGGAAGAAAAUAAAGGAUGCUUUUGGAAGACAGCAAGAAUUAUUACGGAAGAACUUAGGAAAAUGUAAAGAACGUUUUAAUAUGCUUAAGUGGGGUUAAAGGUGCUUGGCUACCGUAGCUUCGGUGAAACGCCCCUUAGUCUGUUAGUUUUCUUUUCGUAUACGAUUGCAUGAUGGAAUUUCCUAACUUGAACAACUAAAUUCCUGAUUUUGGCAUUUCGCUUUCGUUUCGGUUAGGAUGUAGUUAGUGUUCGACGUCCAGUUUAGGCUGAACUGAGCUCACGUUAACAGGUUAAGAGUCUUAAUCCGCCCCCUCGGGCUCUUGUUUGCAGAAUGGAUGGCAGGCACAAGAAGAUAUUACAGAGUAAUCGAUCCAUGCUUGUCCAGCAGUUGGAUCCCUCAAAACUGUAUGAUGGACUUCUGUCAAAGGGCGUCUUCACUCAAGACAUGAUUGAUGAAAUACAGAAUGUAAUUAAUAAAGGUUUAUCUCUUGCCUUAGCAUCUCAAAAGGAUGAACUUGAUCCCAAACCACAAGGGAGACCAAGAAGCAACAGCCUCCAGGUGUACAAGAUGGAUCACAACCCGUGUGGGCACUGCCUCAUCAUCAACAAUGUGGAUUUUGAGCGUCAGUCUGGAUUAAACAAUCGCACAGGAUCCGAUAUUGACUGUGACAGACUGGAGAAAAGAUUCAAGGCCUUUAACUUUGUUGUCACUGUCAAGAGAAACCUAAAAUCGAAGCAAAUCAGACAAGAGCUGACUGCUUUGUCAAAAAAGGACCAUUCAAGUUAUGACUGCUGUGUGGUGGUCAUUCUGUCGCAUGGAUCUGAGGCAAGCCACUGUCGCUUUCCUGGUGCCGUCCACGGCGUCGACGGCCCCAUCGUUGCUGUUCAGAACAUUACCAAUUAUUUGAACGGGCAGAACUGUCCGACUCUGCAGGGGAAACCGAAGCUUUUCUUUAUCCAGGCCUGUGGAGGAGAUGAAAAGGACACGGGAUUUGAGGUCUCAGAGGGAUUUGGGCCUUCAUCAGGUGGCUUGGAUGACCAGACUGAUGCCAUGCCCAUGUCAUCCAGCAGCGAUUCGCUCAGUUUGACUGAUGAAGUCGACGCCCGGGCAUCCCUCCCUACCCCCAGUGACAUCUUGGUGUCAUACUCUACUUUUCCAGGCUAUGUUUCUUGGAGAGACACAGCAGCCGGAUCAUGGUAUGUGGAAACUCUGGAUAACAUCCUUGCCCAGAAUGCCAAGGAUGAAGACCUUGUCACGAUGCUGAUGAUGGUUACGGAUAAAGUGUCCCAGAUUUCUGCCAAAGGAAUUUACAAGCAGAUGCCUGGGUCCUUCAAUUUCCUGCGUAAACGCCUCUUCUUUCAAAUAUUGCCAUAGUGCCAGGGAUUCCUCCCGAAUAAUUGAAAAUAAUUACUUCAGCAAAUAAGAAUUUACCUCACUACGUGAACAAAGAGUUUUAAAAUAUUUUUUCUCUAAGAAUUUUGGGAAUCAUUUUCGGAGUACGUGGAAGUAUUUUUUAGAUUUUGUGUGAUUGUACCUUAACUGAAAUUAUGAAUUGUUUUUCCAGUGGUUACUUUUCAUGUACCUUUUUAAUGCUUAUUCAUUAUUCGUAGUUGUGUGCACAUGGCAGAGGUGUGUUACAUGCAGUCUCUCUGAGUUUCUGUUUUUCUGCAGAAUCCGUACUAUGUCCCACUGUUGAUCACCCAGAUAAGGACUCUUGAAUAUGUGCUGGGAAAUCAGUAUCGGUACUUAAUGUUGUGUUGCAAAAGGAAAACUUUGCUUCAAUUGCUGAACUAAGUACGGGAGAUUUCUUCUUCUCAAUUUCUUAAAGUAACUACCAGAUGCAAGUUGGUGAAAGAAAGAGUAGGUGUGGAUAAAGCAAACCACGUAAAGUAAAACCCAGGAAUUUUUGAAACAUUAGCUUGAAAGUUUGGAAAGGUGAAAACAAAAAUUGCAUUCAAGCAGAAAGCUUCAUCAUUCUGACAGUGUGACACAGGACAUCGCUUAACUUUGAGCACGUGUUCCAUUGAACAUCAUCCUCUGGAGUUUUUUUGCUAGUGCUUUUCAACAAUUGUGAUGUUAAAGAAAUUAAACUCAUGCAUAAUCUAGAAUACUCAUACGAUUUCUUCUAAAGUCACACAUUUUGUGGCCAAACUGCCUGAAGAUACAUUCAAAUGAAUUGUUUACUUAUAGUUACACUUCUGUCUUUCUGUAAGAGGAAUGGACAAACAUUACCAAAUGUACGUUUGCUUCAUUGCCACAGACCUAUCGAAAUUUAAUUAUGGUUGUAAUUUAAGAAAAUGGUUGCUUCUGGACUCGGUGUUGUGUACAGGUAUCCAACCCAUUUUUCUAGGUUUUCAUUUGUAAUGACUUUUCAGAAUGUUUGAGCAUUUGGUUUUCCCUCGGAGGCUUUGUGUUGCAAUUUGUAGAUCAAGGUAAAAAAAAUCUGAUUUAAUGUGUCUUGAUCUCAGACUUUUAGGCUACAAAAUGUAUUAAUUUGGAUGGGGGGUGCAGACUUUCUCUAGGCACUGUAAAUGCUAGCAAUUUACAGGGAGUACAUUCAACUUAAGAUCUGGAGUUCUGGAUGAGUGUAUUUCUCUCCUCAUAUAUGUUAGAGGAACCCAGCUAGUGGACUGUGUACCCCAGAGGGUACUUAAAGAUGAAAUUACCAUUCAGUGAAAAAUGCAUUUUACCUUCGGAACUUUAUCAUUUGUCUCCAUACAUACUGUAUAGUGUCCUGCUGUUUUUUUGCAGUAUUGUAUAGUGCAAGUCAUGGCAGGGAAGGAUUUAUAAAUCUAUGAACAAUAUACUGGCAGGAGCUGCAGUAAGGCUUUCCUGUGCUAGUAGAUGUUAGUAACAGGCUUGGUGUUGCUGCUGCUCUGCUUUGUAACAUCUUGCAGAAUUCCUGUCCUGGCAGUUCCUCAUCCAUUCUUCCAGUGACAGUGCAGAUCACAGAGGAUCUGGCAUUUGGGGACUCUGCUAGUGUCUACUGGUAGCAGUAUUUUUCUAUUUAUGAAUCCUUCAAAACUAAGCCUUUUGCAAAAAUAUAGGUAAAGGAUUAUUCCAUGCUGAAAAGUAAAGAGGCACAACAUUUCAGCUGGUGAGCCUUCUUCCGGCUCAAAUUAUAAUUUAUGUGAUGUGUAAUAAUGUAAUAGUAUUAUAAAUCAAUCAUAAAGGUAUUAAUGACACCUGAAGACCUGGAAUGUUGUGUCUGUUGGAAUAAACCUUCACAAUAAGCCUACACAUGCUGACGCAACUACCUACCUGAACUCUUUCUGCAAAAAUGUCAGGUUGUGAAAAAACUAACGUUUUUCAUCAGGUAACCAAAAAGCAAUGGACCUGAAAAUAUGAAAACUGAGGCAUUAACUAGUGCAUUUGUUCUGCAGUGCAAUGUUUUAUGUUUUACUAUGGGUGUUGACUAGUUCAUUCACAUUAUUACAUGACGAUGUUUGGUAGUUAAGUAGUUAAUUGGUCCAAGGAUCCCAUCCAGCUAUUUUGUGAAAAAUGUAGUGAGUAUCAACUUCAACCAGCAUGGCUGGCUUCCUGACCCCUGAACCCUUUGUGUAAAGUAACUCCUGUUGUUUAUUUUAAGUGCACUUCCACUUAAUUUGAAUUAGAGAUCACUUCCUACUAAUCAGACUAUACCUGAGUACCACUCAUAAGAUACAGUAGGAAAUGAAAAUGAGAGACUUCUGCGUAAAAUCUAGACAACACAGUAGUAAAAUGAUAUUGUGAAACGAUAAUUACAGUUAUUAAGAAAUGAAACACUAUCCACAUUUAAUGAGUGAGUCAAAGCAUGAUUUGUACUGUACUUUAUAUCUACAAACUGUGAUUUUUUUAUAUUAUGUUCUCUUGGCAACAGGUUAGCCAAAGUUCCAAGGUUUGGAAGGGAACUUUUUUAAAAUACAAGGAUGCAAUAAUAAAUAUGAUGUCUUACCUGUCCUUAUUCCCAAAAAGGCAAAAAAUAUGUUUACCUGUUGCCUGGGUUUGAGGCAGUGAAGUCUGUGGUGCUGUUUUUUUUUUUUCAAUAUGUUGUUGAUUCAUGAAAUUUUAAAUAAAAUAUCAAAUUUCAGUGA